UUCCGACAGACACCAAGGGUGCUGGGCUCACCAGACUCCCUGUCCAGUGCUCCUCCAGACAAGGGCCUGGGGCCACGCCCAGAGCUGUGCACGUGGACGAUUGAGUUUCUUUUCUCACUUUCCCCUGGCUGGAGGAAGCCGGGUUUGGAAGGCGGCUCUGGCUCCUGAUCUGGAGAAGGUGGGCCUGAGUGGCCCAGGCUGGCGGUGCUGGGGCCUCCCCCGCCCUGACUCCCUGCCCCCCACGCCAUGUGGGGAGGCGAACCCGAUCCCUCCGCGUCCUGAGCCCUGAGCCCCGGCCAGCUGGCUCCACGGCUGGCCGCCGCCUGCCCUCCGUGGCCUCCAGGAUCGAGUGACGGUGGAAAAGCACGGGGGACGCAGGGUGUUGGAAGGACCCCAUGCUGGGAUCGCGGGAAGACGUGCCAGGACGGACGGCAUGACCGGGCUGGACCUAGAGGAGCUGGCUGAAAUCGAGCUGCAGCGGGAUGAGGAGGGGGCUGCUGCACUGGACACUGUGAGAAGGCCCUCAGCAGCGCCCAUGGCUGGCAAUGACCCGGCAGUGAGCACGAGCCACCCGUUCUAUGAUGUGGCCAGGCACGGCAUCCUGCAGGUGGCAGGGGACGACCGCUUUGGACGAACAGUUGUGGCCUUCAGCUGCUGCCGGAUGCCCCCGUCCCACGAGCUGAACCACAGGCGCCUGCUGGAGUAUUUGAAGUACACACUGGACCAGUAUGUGGAGAACGACUACACCAUCGUCUACUUCCACCACGGGCUGAACAGCCGGAAUAAGCCGUCGCUGAGCUGGCUCCAGAAUGCGUACAAGGAGUUUGACAGGAAGUACAAGAAGAAUUUGAAAGCCCUGUACGUUGUGCACCCCACCAACUUCAUCAGAGUCCUGUGGAACAUUUUCAAGCCCCUCAUCAGCCACAAGUUUGGGAAAAAAGUCACCUAUUUCAACUCUCUGAGUGAGCUCCGCGAACACCUCAAGUCUGACCAGUUGAUCAUCCCCCCGGAAGUCAUAAGGUAUGAUGAGAAACUCCAGAACCUGCACAAGGGCAGGCUGCCCCCUCCGGCCAAGACGCCGCCGCCGCGGCCCCCACUGCCCACCCAGCAGUUUGGCGUCAGUCUGCAAUACCUCAAAGACAAAAAUAAAGGCGAACUCAUCCCCCCUGUGCUGAGGUUCACAGUGACGUACUUGAGAGAGAAAGGUCUCCGCACUGAGGGCCUGUUCCGGAGAUCUGCCAGCGUCCAGGCUGUCCGUGAGGUCCGGAGGCUCUACAAUCAAGGCAAACCUGUCAAUUUCGAUGACUACGGGGACAUUCACGUCCCCGCUGUGACCCUGAAGACCUUCCUGCGCGAGCUGCCCCAGCCUCUGCUGACAUGCGAGGCCUACGAGCAGAUUCUCGGGAUCACCAGUGUGGAGAGCAGCCUGCGCGUGACCCGCUGCCGCCAGAUCCUGUGCGGCCUCCCCACGCACAACUACGCCGUCCUCAGCUACCUGGUGGGCUUCCUGCAUGCGGUGUCCCGGGAGAGCAUUUUUAACAAAAUGAACAGCUCUAACCUGGCCUGUGUCUUUGGGCUGAAUUUGAUCUGGCCAUCCCAGGGUGCGUCCUCCCUGAGCACCCUCGUGCCCCUGAACCUGUUCACUGAACUGCUCAUCGAGUACUACGAGCAGAUCUUCAGCACCCAGUUGGCCCCCAGGGAGGACGCCCCCAGCACUGCCGAAGUAGGGGUGCAGGGCGGCCCCUUGGCCGGAGGCUGCUCUGGAGAUGGACAUGCCACAGGCCUCGUCACACCUGCUGUGCCCCCACGUCCCCUGGCAGCAGCUGGGAGACACCUCUAGGGUCGGGAAAUGUCACGCUGAAGUCUGUCGUCCGUGCACUCACUGUAUGUUUUGUAAAUGUGUCUUGUGUGGAAAUAAGCAGGCACUAAACAAACUCAGAACCUA